AUGCACAGGAUGUUGCCUGGUCCAAGCCACCCAGGUCUCGGUUGCAGGGCUCCAUCGCUUCCAUUCUUGUGUUUCCGCGACAUGCAUCCCACUACAACUCCUGAACGCCGGCGUAGGGCUUUUCCCAUUUUACACCGUGAUCCAGUCAGGUUGGCCAGUAACGCUUCCCAGACUUCGGGGAACAACCACACUAAUGCCAACAACCUCUUCCCGUUUCCAAUCAAUCCACGUCCCAGCCCCCAUCAAAUCUUUCACCUUUCUCGGGGGGCAUCGCAGUUAGAUAUUAAAGCUCGAUAUUAUGACCUUGUGAGAUGCCACCAUCCGGACUCACAACACGCUCGAUCGCUGCCACCCGCAGAAGCGCACGCCCGCUUCCAGGCGAUCAAUUCCGCUUACGACUUUCUCCGUGGACGGGCGUCAUCGCAUCUUCCCGGGGGGACCACCUGGGGCCCCAACGCCCGCGCAGAGCCCAACUUUGACCCUUAUCUUCAUGAACUUGCACGGAGGAGACGUGCCUAUUACGCUUCGCAGGGCGGGGCUUCAGGCCCAGGGUUGGGGUGGAGUGAGGGAUUUGGCGCUUCAAAAGAGGAAAGAAAUUCGCAGUGGAGUGAUGAUGGGUGGCAGGAGCGAAUGCUUGUCUGGUUCGGCCUUGUGGCACUGAUCGGAGGAUUAUAUCCUGGUCUAUUCCUGUUUCCGUUCCACAUGGAACAGACACAUCGAGCGGCGGUGGCUAAUCUUACUCAAGCUAGGAAUGAUGCACGAGAGUUCGGUGAAGAAAGGCGGGAUGAGAUGCGGAAGCGUGUCAGAGAUAUGAAGUCGUCGUACGAUGAUGGAGUUUCAGUUUCUACAGAGAAAGAUGGGCAAAAUGUGUAG